GUGGGCGUGUGCGCGCGCUGCUGAGCGUAUCCACAGAUGCUGAGAGACAUCACACCGUGUCAGAGACCAUGACGGGAUCCGCGUGCGGAGGAGGAUGAUGUUCCUACAGGGACUCACCUGUGGAUGGACGCCGUCAGGAUGCCUUACCUGAACAGAACUCUGCUCCUCCUCUUAGCACUGCUCCUGUUCCUGCUGCUGGGUCAGAUCCGAACCGCGGAGGCGCGCAAACACGGACAGCGGGUGCGCAGAAGGACCGGACCCGAGGAGACCCACAAGCAUGGCGUCGCUUUGCCAAAGAAACCUCCAGAUGUGACCAAGUCCAGGAAAACCAAGACGGAGCAGCUUCUCAAAGUAGAUGAUCAUGACUUCACAAUGAGACCGGCAUUUGGAGGUCCUGCCCUCGCAGUUGGUGUGGACGUCCAGGUAGAGAGCUUAGACAGCAUCUCUGAAGUCGACAUGGACUUCACCAUGACGCUGUACCUCAGACAUUAUUGGAAGGACGAGCGUCUGUCCUUCUCUAGUAGCACCAACAAGAGUAUGACCUUCGACGGGCGCCUGGUGAAGAAGAUCUGGGUCCCUGACGUCUUCUUCGUCCACUCUAAGAGGUCCUUCAUCCACGAUACGACAACGGACAACAUUAUGCUGCGUGUCUUUCCUGAUGGACAAGUCCUCUACAGUCUAAGAGUGACGGUUACAGCAGCCUGUAACAUGGACUUCAGCCGCUUUCCUCUGGAUUCUCAGACCUGCUCACUGGAGCUGGAGAGCUACGCUUACACAGACGAGGACCUGAUGCUGUACUGGAAGAACGGGGAUGAGUCCCUGAGCACCGACGACAGGAUCUCUUUGUCCCAGUUCCUUAUCCAGAAGUUCCACACCACAUCCCGUCUGGCCUUCUACAGCAGCACGGGCUGGUACAACCGUCUCUACAUCAACUUCACACUGCGACGCCACAUCUUCUUCUUCCUGCUGCAGACAUAUUUCCCUGCAACACUGAUGGUGAUGCUGUCCUGGGUCUCAUUCUGGAUCGACAGACGGGCUGUGCCAGCCAGAGUCUCCUUAGGUAUCACCACGGUUCUGACCAUGUCCACUAUCAUUACUGGGGUCAAUGCCUCCAUGCCGCGAGUGUCAUACAUUAAAGCGGUGGACAUCUACCUGUGGGUCAGCUUUGUUUUCGUCUUCCUAUCUGUGUUGGAAUAUGCUGCUGUCAACUACCUAUCCACCGUCCAGGAUCGCAGAGAGCGUAAAAGGAGAGAGAGGGCGCGCUCCCAGUCGCUACCCUGCACCUGCAGCAUCUCCCAAACACGCACCAUGACCAUGUUGGAUGGGACUUACAGCGAGGCCGACACCAACAGCCUAGCUGGCUACACCGAGGAGCCAAUGGGUCCUGAGGAUGAGCCCGAGCCAGAGCCUGAGCCAGAGGAGAAGCCAAAGGUCCCAGAGAAGUCAGAGCACAUGGUGGUCCACCUGUCCAUGAGCACAGAGCCCGCUGGCAUCAAGAAGAGGAAGAGUCUACGCGCCCUCAACAUAAUCCAGAAUACACAUGCAAUUGAUAAAUAUUCUCGGAUGAUUUUUCCUGGAUCAUACAUUUUCUUCAACCUUAUCUACUGGUCUGUUUACUGCUGAUUGACAGCUGGGGAUCAGGGUGAGGCUGGCAAGGUAGAAACAAGCCGUUGUGAUAAAGCUGGGGAUGAGACUUUGAACAGUUAGUGUCCUACAAGAUACACAAAUAGAAAAAGGAGUCCAGCAGGACCUGAGGAGAUUCAAAGGCUCUUCAAUUAUCUUUAUCUUUCUGCUCCUGGGUUUCAUUUUGCUCCAACAGCAGCUUGAAUGUUGAUAUUUUAACAAGGAAACCAUAAGCUCUAUCACGUUACCUCUUAGUUAUGAAUGUUUGGGUCCAGAAGUUUUCAUCCGUUUGUGGUUUAAUGGUAUUAAAACCUGAAACUGAGGAGGUUAUUAACACAAAGAAAAUGUCUCAGGUUAGGAUACACAGAGGAGAUUAUCUGGUUAUAUUUAUAUCCAUCUGAAUGUAAUAUGCUCAGAUUUAGUUUAUGGGCUUUGAUGGGAUUCUGGUUUGCAUGAUCCUGUUGAGCUCAGCAGAUGUCACCUCAGGAAAUGUUAACCGCUCAGUCUAAUUACAUGGUAAAAUAAUCAGAUAUGAAACAGGGCAGCAGGUAGAAGGCACCUGGCGGCAGUUGUCAUGGUAACAGGCGUUAAUGAUGGAAGUGAAUUGGGUUGUGUAUUUUCUUAGUUUUCAACUGGUGAAGUUGUUUAUUACAGAGGAUAUCUAACUAUAAAGAAAACUCUGGCUGAGAUUUAGCCUUGAAGAGAUUUCCACACAUCAUUAAGUAAUUGGCUCUUUUCAGAGCGGAGGAAUCAGAAGCAGUAAUACAUUUGAUCUGUUAUUAAUUAAAUAUUUUCAGAUUUCAAAGAUUUUCAGCAAUCAGGAUUUCAUUUGCUGCCCUUGUAAAAUGUAUACUCACGGCCUCUAACUGUAGAAUAUACCAGCUUACCUACAUGUCAGCAUCCGUAAAGCCUGAACACUGAAACCAGCUGAUAGAAUGACUCGGGUUUAGAUUAGGUUCUGUUAAACCUGAUCUCAACAACCAUCUGAUGGCAGCUUCAGACAUGUUUCUGGGAAGCUGCCUUUUUUCAACCUGAGAAAACAUUCUUGUGUUUAUUUAUAUUAUUAUUGUAGGACUGAUUUACUUCAGUGAAAAAAACUAUGUGUAUUAUUAAAUGAAAAAACUAUGUAGAUUAAACAACUGUGGAAACUGUUGAAAGAGAGCUUGCUUCUAAAGUUUUUAUUAAAUUGGGAAGGACUGCUAACAAGCUGAGAUUGAGUCAAUCAAAGAUUAUGAGCAGCUUUUUUAGGAGGAUAUCAUGUUGGACGCCCUGCAUCUGCGGCUCCGCCUCUGCAGCUUCACGAAGGUCUGCAGCUCAACAUCCAUCUGUAGCUCCGCCUCCGUCUGCAGCCUCAUGGAGGUCUGCAGCUCGACAUCCAUCUGCAGCUCAACAUUCUUCUGCAGCCUCAUGGAGGUCUGCAGCUCGACAUCCAUCUGCAGCUCAACAUUCUUCUGCAGCCUCAUGGAGGUCUGCAGCUCGACAUCCAUCUGCAGCUCAACAUUCUUCUGCAGCCUCAUGGAGGUCUGCAGCUCGACAUCCAUCUGCAGCUCAACAUUCUUCUGCAGCCUCAUGGAGGUCUGCAGCUCGACAUCCAUCUGCAGCUCAACAUUCUCCUGCAGCUUCAUGGAGGUCUGCAGCUCAACAUGCAUCUGUUGCUCCACCUCCGUCUGCAGCUUUAUGGAGGUCUCGGCUCAGUAUCCAUCAGCAGCUCUGCCUUCAUCUGCAUAUAUGUAUCUAUUUGCGGCUAAAGGUUGCAUAUCUGCAGCAGCCGAAGUUAUGACUUUGACAACACACCUGGCUGCAUCUGUCAUCGUCAUACCCGUCAGCUGUGGUUUCACAGCUGUCAGCAAAGCUGCUGGCAAGAGGUCUUGUUUCUGUUUCUGACUUGGCAGCUUUUCCAGCCAAUGUAGGAGUCUACUGGUUGGAUAUUGUUCAACUAGGAAAAUCUGUUUUCAAUUUAUCGUCAACAUGGAUAAUUCAGAUCAUGAUGUUUGGACACUGUCUGGGGAAAUAGCUUCAUCAAAUCCAUCCUGUUAUAGAGCCUCAGAUCUCCGGCUGAUAAAAUGUUUCAGUUUGACACUUGUGUGUUUGAGUUUGUUGGUUAAAUUUCUGCUGGAUAAAUCUGACAUAAAGAAUGUUUCUGUGUUUGUAAAGAUGUAUUAAAUAUUACUGUCAUAAACUGA